GAGAGAGGCGGGGCCGCCUUUUCCAACUUCACUCUCGCGAGCUCUCAGAAUUCUCGCGAUAGCCGACACCCGACUUGUGCGCCCGGGAAACCCCGUUGCUCCCUUUCCCCUGGCUGGCAGCGCGGAGGCCGCACGAUGCCUGGAGUUACUGUAAAAGACGUGAACCAGCAGGAGUUCGUCAGAGCUCUGGCAGCCUUCCUCAAAAAGUCCGGGAAGCUUAAAGUCCCUGAAUGGGUGGACACUGUCAAGCUGGCCAAGCAUAAAGAGCUUGCUCCCUACGAUGAGAACUGGUUUUACACACGAGCUGCUUCCACAGCACGGCACCUGUACCUCCGGGGCGGCGCUGGGGUCGGCUCCAUGACCAAGAUCUACGGGGGGCGUCAGAGAAACGGCGUCAUGCCCAGCCACUUUAGCAGAGGCUCCAAGAGCGUGGCCCGCCGGGUCCUCCAAGCCCUGGAGGGACUGAAAAUGGUGGAAAAGGACCAAGAUGGGGGCCGCAAAUUGACACCUCAGGGACAGAGAGAUCUGGACAGAAUCGCUGGACAGGUGGCAGCUGCCAACAAGAAGCAUUAGAACAAAUGAUGCUGGGUUAAUAAAUUGCCUCAUUCGUAA